UACGGCUGCAUGCGUAUUAUGCACGAGAACAAAUAGUUAAAUAAGAUUUUUUAGGAGACAAACACAUUAAAUCUAUGCAAAACGCAGCAAGCAAUCUCAACGGCUUUGAUUCAGUAUCCUAAAGGUAAAAACAUGUUCCCACGAGACUUUGCGUGGGGAGCGGGAACUGCUGCGUACCAAAUAGAAGGUGGCUGGCAGGCAGACGGCAAGGGACCAAGUAUCUGGGACACGUUUUGUCAUGAUAAAGGCAAAGUGUUUGGGGAGCAGAAUGGAGAUGUGGCCUGUAACAGCUACAAGCUGUGGGAGAAGGACCUGGAGUGUAUCCAGCAGCUUGGACUGACGCACUAUCGUCUGUCUCUCUCCUGGGCGCGCCUCCUGCCUGAUGGGACCACGAGACAUGUCAAUCCGAAAGGUGUGCAGUACUACAACAAGGUGAUUAAUGAUUUGCUGGCCUGCAAUGUAUCACCAAUGGUCACACUUUACCACUUUGACCUGCCUCAAGCUCUCCAAGAUCAGGGCGGCUGGAAAACAGCGCAUAUAGCAACCCUGUUUGACAGCUAUGCCAAGUUUUGUUUCAAAACAUUCGGCGACCGUGUCAAACUUUGGAUCACCAUCAAUGAGCCCUACGUGUGCGCCAAACUGGGCCACGAAGACGGCAUCCAUGCACCUGGGUUAAAAGAACCGGGGAUUGCUGCGUACCUGGUGGGCCAUAACAUGCUGCGUGCCCACGCCAUGGCCUGGCACAGCUACAACUCCCUCUACAGGUCAAAGCAAAAGGGUGCGGUGUCUCUGGCGAUCAACAGUGACUGGCUUGAACCGCUACAUACAGGCUGCACAGAGGAUAUCGCUGCCACCGAGCGCAACCUUGCGUUUACACUCGGGUGGUUUGCCUGGCCCGUGUUUGUAUCUGGAGAUUAUCCAGAAAUAAUGAGAUCCACCAUUGACGCUCAAAGUAAGAAGGUGGGAUACAAUGGUAGCUCAAGACUGCCCAGUUUCUCAAAGGAUGAGCCCAACAUUAUGGGCACAGCUGAUUUUUUUGCAUUAAACUACUAUACGUCUCGAAAAGUCAAGCCAGGAGGAGGUGGUGGAGAUUUGUGCAUGAAGAGCGACCGAGAUGCAGGUGAAGUUUUGGAUCCAUCCUGGCCUAUUUGUGGCGUGUCCUGGCUCGCUGUAGUGCCCCAUGGCUUGAGGAAGCUUCUCAAAUACAUCAAGGACACUUUCAACAACUCAGCGGUCUACAUCACAGAGAAUGGGUUCUCUCAGGUGGGGCCGGUGCAGAUUGAGGAUACCCAGCGCUCAAAGUUUUACAAGGACACCAUCUCUGAAGUGGCUAAAGCUAUACAAGAAGAUGGUGUCAACGUCCGUGGAUAUUUCGCCUGGUCACUGCUGGACAACUUUGAGUGGGCCGAUGGAUUCAGUGUUCGCUUUGGAUUGUUCCAUGUGGACUUUGCAGACGCAAAGCUAAGCCGAACUAUUUACCAGUCUGGACGGGAGUAUGCAAAGAUGAUCUCAAAAUACAAAAGUGGUCAAGAUGAAGAGAGAUAA